AUGAAGUUAUCUACUCUACGUCGAAGAAUCACCCCGACGGGCGACGAGGACACCGUCCCAGACCUCCCAGACAGCUGUGCCAUCCUGAUACCGACAUCAGAAGGUUACGUGCCCAUCUACGCAUCAGACCACGAUAUCUGCGACCAGUACAAAUCCACGGGCCACUUCUGCUCCCUCCCAGCCCAAUUCCGGGAUUCCUGGCAGCACAUCUGCCCCCAAUCCACCACCGGCAUAAUCGACACCGAGACCAGUCUCGCAUCCAACCCAGCACUACCAACCAGCACCCCCCUCCUCGACACCCUCUCCACAAACCUGACCCUCGUCCCCUCCCCACCGCCCCUCUCCAUCCCCCCAGAAAUCGCAGCCGGCACCGGCCCACCUCUCUACAACCCCUUCCAAAACGCCAGCGCGACCGCCCAGCACGACGCCGAGCUACUCGCUACGGGCAAGCUAAUCGGGACGAGCUCAUGGGACACGCUUAUGGGGCUGCUGUUCGGCCUGGGCACUUUCAUCAUGGUGUGUAUUGGAAUCAUGCUAGGCUGCCCGUGCUGUCCGUGUGGGAGGCGAGGGCGCAGCAAGGAGCACCGGCCACGACCUCUCACAAACGCCGCUUUGCUCGAUAACACAGGCGGUAUCGUGUAUCCCGGGUUCGGAAAUGAUUACGUGGUGCCGCGAAGACCCAACCGAUCUUAG